AUGAGUGUGCGCAAAGCGCAUAACUCUGGCCGAAACCACUUGAGGAACGUGGUGGAUUACUACCAACAAAUUGGACAAGAAAAGGCUCAAUCCGUCAUCGAUUCAAUCACCUCCUCCUACGCAGCAGAGGGCCAGCAGGUCCCCAACAUGAUGCCCCCAGGCGCAUUCCCUCCUCCUUUCGGUGGCUUCCCUGGUCGCCCCGGCAUGCCCCCUCCACCAUUCGGCAUCCCGCCACCCGGUGCCCCAGGCGCCCCAGCCAUGAUCCCUCGUAUGUCUCUUCCCAUCCCACCCCAGAUCCCGGGCUCCCAAUUUCUACCCUAUGGACACCUCCCAGCUAACCAUGCUUGGUUUCAAGCCCCCGGAUCUCACGGUCUUCCAUUCCCGCCACCUUUCAACGCCGGAACCCCACCAACAGGCGGCUUCCCCCCUCCCCUCCCUAACAUGCCCCAGGGUGCUAUCCCCCCUCCAGGCCCAGGCGGCUUCCCUAACCUUCCAUUCCCCCCGCCUGGUGGAUUCCCACCCAUGCCCCAGGGUAUGGCCCCUGGCCCGGGUGGUCCUAUUCCCGGUGGCCCUUCGCCUAUCCCUACUGGUCCCCGCGGCUUGGAGGCGUAUCCUCCUCCCCCUGGGGGUGGACCUCCCCCCGGGAUGGAUCAACGGUGGUGA